AUGAAGGUAUUUACCUUAGACUUACAACAAGUGCUACCAACACCCUAUCUUCCAACUGGUGCAGUUUUCUAUAAGAGGCAACUACAUACUUACAAUCUCACGAUCCACCAAUGCGAUAAUAGUAUGUCAACUCACUACAUGUGGAAUGAGUACAUUGCAGGACGAGGAGCAAAUGACAUUGCUUCAUGCCUCUAUGAACAUUUGAUGAACCUUCCACCUGAGAUUGAGCACAUUAUCUUAUAUAGCGACACUUGUGGUGGACAAAAUAAAAACACACAUAUUGCUGCUAUGUUCACAUACAUAAUUUCCAUUCAUCCAACUUUGCAGGUAAUCGAUCAUAAAUUCCUCAUUCCUGGUCAUACACAUAUGGAAUGUGACUCAGACCUUGCCAAAAUAGAGAAAUUCAAGAAGAAAUCCCCAUUUCCUAUCUAUGUUCCUAGAGAUUGGUAUCAACUAGUGAGGGUAGCAGGGAAAGGAAAAUUCAGUGUUGAGAUAAUGAGUCGCCAAGAUUUCAUGGAUUUUGCAUCUCUAUUGAAAGGACCAUAUUGUACUAAAAAAGUCAAUGAAGACGUGGAGAAGUUCCAGUGGAGGCCUAUCAAGUGGUUGCGAUAUCAGAAAUCAGAAGAAAUGGGUACCAUACUUUACAAACAUUCGCUGGCUUGUGAUGAAGCUUUCCGAAAAAUCAAAAGGAAAUCAGGAAAACGAGAAGAACCGCCAAGUAACAUCAUCGUUCCCCUUUCCUUUGAAGGACCAAGAAAAAUUGACCCUAAAAAAUGCAAGGAUCUUCAGGAUAUGCUGCCGCUGAUUGAGAAUGAUGCAUGA